GAUCGCAUUGACAACCGCCAGCUCGCAAGGUUUGUCGGACAGAGCGUACGGAGGGCCUUCCAGAAGUCCGCCCUCCGAGUCGCAGACCAGGGGUCGACAGGGCCCACACAUGGCCAGCACAAGCUCGUUGCGGUGGUGGUCUCACUACGUAGCAGAGCAGCUUCACACCUUUUCAGAUGACCAUCCUUUACAGAUUGCCCUCAGGACCUACUCUCUGGCCUUAUCCCUAUCGCUAAGCCCAGUCCUCGCAGGCUUCCUAGCAAAGCCACGGCGAAGUGGUGCGGCACAGCUUCUGCGUGCCCUUCGGCGCGAGCUGGGCUUCACUGGCUUCGCGUCUGCAUUCACAGUGGCCAUUGCAGGUGGGGCAGCCCUCAGGUCCCUGCUGGCUUACUUGGAGAAAGAGCAGCAAGGCAUAUUGCCAUUGAGAGCCAAAACGUUUCUGUCUCGUCUCAAGGAUGUACACAAGACGUUCUCUGCCAACGCUCUCUCGGCGUACAUUGCCAUCGCGCUGCUCCAGCAUCGACGCUCUCGGCCUUCCACACCAUCUACGCACAGAUCCUCCGGCAUCACCCCAAUACAACGAUCCUCACCAACGAUUGAUUUGACAUUGCUCGUCCUGGUGAGAGCCUUGGACUCCGUGGUCCGCUCGGUAUUAUUCUCGCAUUCCACUACGCAAGAUGUCCUCUCCAGCGGGGAGCUCAAGAGAGCUGAAAAUCGUAGGAGGACUCUCUCUGCGCGGCUAGACGCCAUGGUAUUCUGGGCUUCUAGUGCGAGGAUCAUGUGGUGCUUUUUCUACGAACCCCAAAGACUGCCGCGGUCUUACAACACGUGGAUUAUGACCUUAGCCAACAUAGAUCCACGCAUCCUCGGAGCCCUACGCGCAAUACGAGAAGGCAGAUGGUCGUAUGUCCGCAGAAUUGCUGUUCCAUCGGAUUUGUUAUCGUCUCUAUCACGAGACUUGGGGUAUCCAGAGUCGUGGGGUAGCGUGACACGCUUGCCAGCUUUUGGGGGCCCUGCGGCGAAUGGAGCUUGGAAGACGCUAGCAGUAUCGAACAGGCCAAACCUUGGUGGUAUACCCUGUGAGCUCGUGCAUGGUGGCAUCGGAGGCGGAAGUUGCGCCGCCAGCGCCGCCUUGCGGAGCGGAAAAGCUUUCGCCGAAGCAAUGCUUAUUUACCUGCCGGUACAUGUUCUCCCCAUUCUCCUCUACCGCCCGCGCAAGCUCACCCGGGUACACAAUAUCAUGAAUACCCUUCUCUCCGUCACCCGGAGCGCGACAUUCCUCUCUAGCUUCGUCUCGUCCAUCUGGGUCGCGGUGUGCCUCACCCGCACGCUGCUACUGGCCCGCCUCUUCCCGUGGAUCUCGCACGACUUCUGGGAUGGGCCCCACGGGUGCGCAUUCCUCGGCACCCUCGUGUGUGGCGGCAGUAUUUGGAUCGAGCAGGGAAGACGGAGAGGCGAGAUGGCGCUGUACGUCCUCCCCAAGGCCAUCAGAGCGUGCUUGCCCGAAGCUUUCUUGAGGUCAGGACUACGGGUACAGCUCUUGGAGAGACUCGUAUUUGUCGCCUCCUUAGCUACACUGCUCACGAAGUUCGUCCACGACACUUCCUCGCUCCGGGGGCUUCCUCGCUGGGCACUCACAUUCGUAAUGAAUGGAUCGAACGCAGGCUUUUGGAAGAAGAAAAGGCAGGAUACAAGCGACUCUCCGCCGCCGCGUACACCGUAUACCAUCUAGACACCUAUAUCAUACAUUGGCUUGCUUCACACAUCCCCAGAAUUCUGCUUUAACCUUUCCAGAGACACAGUUGAUGGUCAUAGAACGAGCAGCUUGCAAUGAGACUAUCCCCUCGUGCCGGCGCAUAACACCAGUCUGCGCCGUAGGCCAUUGACUCGUGCUCGUCGAAGCGACGGACGACAUCGCCUCCACCGAUUACACUAUGAAAGUCGUCGCCGCCACCGCUCAUAGAGAAGCGCACGACUUUGCAGCCGUCGUGCAUGGAGGCAACGAGCAAGUCGUCCUUCCGCUCUGGCGAAGGGUGCCACUUGACUCUCCAGGCUCCGCCGCCGACGUUGAUCGUCAUGAGAGGAACUAGCGGUUUGCGGGUGUCGAAAAGCUGCACUGUGUCGUUGUAGCUUGGGGAGAACGGAGUGAGGAGCAUGCUUGAAAGAUUUAUUACGAUGGUUUUACCUGCCGACUGAUAUGAGGUGUUCCACAUAGGGAUGACUCUGUAUCGUGGUGACCCCUGCAUCGAAGCUGUAAAUGAGUUAACUAUAAAGCCAUGGAGAAUUGUAAACCGAAGUGCAGCGUACCGCUUGUUGGUGAAUGUUGGGAGGUCAAAGCUCUGUCGGACGUCCCAGCCCUUCAUCGUGAGGUCAUCUCCGCCUAUAAAACGCU